UGUGAUAAUAAUAAAUUUUGUUCAUUUUUCAUCGAACUUGUGCAUUCAUUUCAUAACGAACCCGUACGCACGCAACAUUAUAUUUUUAUUUUAAACCGUGAAUCAGAUUGCAUUUUUAAGAUUACCGAUUUUAAACUGCCCAAUUAAUGGGACACAAAGUGAGGAAGCGAAUGCGCUCAAUACCUAUAAUUUCACACGGUCCAGUUUUCUAUGUGUAUUAUAAAUACAGAAAAAUCAUGUAAAUGAAAUGUGUCUUCUUAUGAUAGAUAUUUCUCUAGCGUUUGAAGUAAAAAAAUAAGCAUAAUCAAUUAAGCCCUAAUAUGUGGUAUUUUUUUCAUAAGCAUAGGUAUCAAGGGCACCUAUACUAUAGAAGAUUUUGCAAAAUACAUUUGCAAAAUUUAUGUGCCUGUCACAUUGCACGCACAUAUAUUAGAAGAUCUCUUGUAUUUUAUUGACAAAUAAGAGCUAUCGGUCUUUACAUGGUAAUAAAAUAUACAAAAAUAUUUUUACAAAUGCCGUUCCUGUGUAUUUUAUAACCGCCGUCAUUAAAGCGGAGCAUGGCCCAAAUUCUAAUUAAAUUUGAUAGCCUUUAAAUGCUUUUUCUCAAGGCAGCAUUUUGUUAAAAAACUGUGGAAUAGUUAAAAAACUGUGGAAUAGACUGUAGGUCUAUUCAAAGUCAAAAAGCUUCGCUGAUAUUUUGCUAUACAAAUAUGUCAGAAAUAUCACAUCCAGGGAAGGAAAAGAUAAAUGAGUUCUGAAGUUUUAUAAUUAAUUAAAGAAACUUGAAUGAGUUUUCGUGACUGUUAUUAAUCUGAACAAUAGGUCUCAUUUCCGUUCUUUCGCCUCACAUGAAUACUUACCUUUCCACAAUGAAAAUUUUAAUAAAACAAAUUUUCCCACAUCUAAACAAAAGCUUCCGGAAGUUCGACUUAGAAGCUUUCUUUUCUCAUUUUUGUGUUCUUUCAAAACCAACCCACUUUUUUACUCAAAUGCUGUCUAGACUAUUUAUUUACUUAUAAAGCCAGACCACUGUAUUUUUUAAUUCACACUUUCAUCGCUUUUAGAUUGUUCAACACUGGGAACUUCAUUCUUCAAUUGUUUGAUUAUCGAACCAAUAGAUACUGAAAGGAAGUUAUCAAUGCAUGCACUUCUGGAAAGUUAUCAGCCUAUCUUUCAAGUUCCUGCAAUUAGCAAAGAUCUUUUUUCUUUUUGCUGCAAUGAUAAGUAGUGUUUCAGCCGCUGGUCAAGCCGGAGGUCACGGAAGUAAUAUAGGAGAAUAUGGUGAUCCACACGUGCUACUUUUUUUUCUAAUCAAAUAUGCAUACUGUGAAGUUAACACUCAAGUUGUAGUAGAAGAAACGCCUAUACAAUACUUUCAGGCUUUCCAACCCUUCGAGUUUGCUUACCAAUCCAAUGAUGGGCAAGGUACAACUCAGCACCGGAAGGAAAUAGCUGAUGCAAAAGGAACUGUGAAAGGAGCUUACGGCUACCUCGAUCCUUUCGGAGUCUAUCGGGCAGUCGAAUACGUAGCCGACGACAAUGGAUUCAGAGCAAUUGUGAAGACUAAUGAGCCUGGCACAUCAAAUCAAAAUACAGGAGACGCUCUGUGGCUUGUCCAACCUCCUCCAAGUGGUCUUCAGGAAGCCUACACCACACAAGGUUCAGCAAAGCAAAUACCAGUUCCUAUCAAAAUCUCCCCAGGGAAUUUUACUCCAGCUGCUAGUUCUUCCUUAGUAUCAAAUGCAGUCUUUCAUGUCCGUCCGACCAUUGUCCAGUAUCCUCUACCUUUCUUAACAAGACCCGGUCAAAUCAUAUUUCAAGUACCUACCUUAUCGAAAAAAGGAAAUCUUCAAGUUUUUUCCAGGUUUCCACAAAAGGCAUCGAAAUUUACUCCAAGGACAGAGGAUGCUUUGUAAAUAUGAAUAAAAUGUUU